GGGGACUUUUAUUUCGAAAAUUUACGAAAAUGCCGUGACCAGGAAGUACUUUUUUAGUGCUGCUGACGAGACGCUGAUUUUUGCGCCGUUGUUUUUGUCCAAAAACGAACAUAGCUACAGACAGAAAAUUAGACUGCACCCCUUCCCUCCGUCUAUCAAGAUGGAGAACUUGAUUAAUGAACACCAAAGCCGCAAUGAUCCAGAGAACAAGGCAAAUAACAUUGAUUCACCUGAAAUAAAGAUUGAAAUAGAUGAGGUGCGCAUUGAGUACACUCAACAGAUGAACACACUGGAAGAAGAGAAUCUAAGUGAUCAGCCAGCAAACCAAGCAGACAGUUCGGAUUCAUCCCAGGAGGAUUCUGAGUCUGAUUCAGAGUCUUUCUCUUGUACCCAGUGUGACAAGAGCUUCCGUACCGCCUUACAUUUGAAAAAGCACCAGAUUAUUCACACUGAUAAAACCCUACACUAUUGCAUAACUUGUGAGAAGAGCUUCCCUUAUGCAUCACUCUUAAAGCAGCACCUAACAAUGCAUGAUGCUGACAGAACAUACUGUUGCACGAAAUGUGAAAAGAGCUUCCGAUCUGCACCGUGCCUAAGGAAGCACCUGACAACGCAUGGUGAGAAGAAUCACGGUUGCACCGAGUGCAAUAGGAAAUUCUGUUCAGCAUCUCGCUUAAAAAGGCACAUGACAACACAUAGCGGGGAAAGACCACAUGUUUGCACCGCCUGCGGGAAGAGUUUUACACGACCAGAGAGCUUAAAGAAUCAUCAGUUAAAUCACCAAGGGGAGAAGCUGCACACCUGCCAUGACUGUGGAAAGAGCUACAGUGUGCUGAAGUUCCUUAAAGAACAUAUGAAAGUCCACGAGGGUCCUCACAUCUGCUCUCAGUGUGGGAAGAGCUACACACUCCUCUACAACUUGAAAAUGCAUAUGUCAGCAGCGCAUGGAGAGGAAAAAGCAUUGCCUUGCUCUGAAUGUGGGAAAAGUUUUGUCUCAGAGUACCGUCUGCGAAAGCAUCAGAAGCAAGUACACAGAACAGCCUUCCCCUGCCCUGAAUGUGGGCGAAGCUUCUCCACACUGUCCAUAUUGCAAGAGCAUCAGUCAAACCAUACUGGUAUCAAACCGCAUUCUUGUGAGGAGUGUGGGAAGAGCUUUGGCCUUCUGGAUGGUCUUCAGAGGCACCAGUACACACACAGGCCCAAACCAGAAAAAUCCUGCCUCUGUGAGGAGUGUGGAAAAAGCUUUCUUAACCUCACCCAACUGGCCAGACAUAAACAAGUUCAUUCCAAUGUUAAGUCCCACACUUGUGAGGAGUGUGGUAAAAAAUUCAAACAGAUCGGAGGUUUGAGAAUACACCGCCGUACUCACACAGGGGAGACGCCGUUCUCUUGCAAAGAGUGCAGUAAAACAUUUACGCAGGCCAGCUCCUUGAAGGUUCAUAUGUUAACCCACACAGGAGAGAGGUCAUUCUCUUGUAAGGAGUGUGGCAAGACAUUCAACAUCGCAAAGACAUUACGGCUUCACAUGCGCAUUCACACAGGAGAGAAACCACAUAAAUGCCCUGAUUGUGGGAAGGGAUACCAUCACGCUCAGGGACUCAGAAUGCACCUGCUAUUUCACAAGGGGGAACGACGGCACACAUGUACUUACUGUGACAAGAGUUUCUUUCUGCCAGGACAUUUAAGAGCACACAUCCGACUACACACUGGAGAGAAACCUUACCUCUGCUCUAAUUGUGGGAAGAGUUUCAAUCGUGCUUGGAAUUUAAAGCAACACAAGAAAAUAUGUCAGUGAUUCAUUUCACCACAAACUGAACUUUCCACAGCAUGUUAUUGUGGGGCUCCUUGUUUGUAAUAUUAUGCCUAUGAUACAUUGUGCUCUAUGCCAAACUAGUCUAAUAAUACAUCAAAUAAAGGUGGUGACUUAUUUUGCAUUGAA